GCGGGCCGGGGCGCCCCCGCCGCGCUGUGCCCGGCGCGGGCGGCUCUGCCGGCGGUCAGGGGUGCUCCCCUCCGCCGUUCGAGCGGGGCGGCUCUCGCGGGAGGCGGCGCCAUGGGGCUGCACGGCGUCAAGGCGGUGUUUUUCGACCUGGACAACACGCUGAUCGACACGGCGGCGGCCGGGCGGCGCGCCAUCGAGGAGGUGAUAAGCGCCCUGCAGUCCAAGCACCACUACGGGGAGGAAGAGGCCUGCUCCAUCUGCGAUAAGGUUCAGGCCAAGCUCCUCAAGGAGUGCCACGAUCCCGCCAAGAUGUGCAUCACCGACCUGCGGAUUUCGCACUGGGAGGAGGCGAUCCAGGAGACCAUCGGGGGGGAGGCGAACCGCGACCUGGCGGCCGAGUGCUAUUACCUGUGGAAGACGACGCGGCUGCAGCACCUGACGCUGGCCGAGGACACGCGGGCCAUGCUCACCGAGCUGCGGAAAGGCCUCCGCCUGCUGCUCCUCACCAACGGCGACAGGCAGACGCAGAGGGAGAAGAUCGAGGCGUGCGCCUGCCAGCCCUACUUCGAUGCCGUCGUUGUGGGGGGAGAGCAGAAAGAGGAGAAACCGGCGCCAUCCAUAUUUCAUUACUGUUGCGAUCUCCUGGGGGUGCAGCCCGCAGAGUGUGUGAUGGUCGGUGACUCUCUAGAUACAGAUAUUCAAGGAGGCCUGAAUGCUGGCUUGAAAGCAACGGUCUGGUUAAACAAAGCAAUGACCGUCCCAGUAGAUACCGCCCCCGUACCUCAUUAUAUUAUUUCUUCUGUACUGGAUCUUCCAGCAGUUUUACAGAAGAUGGAGCACAGCAUUAAUGCUAAGCUAGGAACUGACCAAAUGGCUAGUAGCAAUGAAGCACACUGAUGAUGGUUCCAGCAUACAGAGACCUGCUGAGCUGUUAGGUGGCACACGCUCUUUUAAAAAAGCUGGCCCUAGGAGUUUGAACUCAUCUAUGAUCUCUUUUAAACAGCAGAGGGAUAAGUAAGAGCACAGCUGUCAGUGAAAACAGGAUAGAAAUAGAGAAUUGUAUUAAUUUAAAUGAUGCAAGUGCAGUUAAUUUAAAACAACUGCCUCUCUGGAAAUUACUUUGAUGGACUCUAGCAAAAGUCUAUCUGUCUCUGAUCUAAGUUGCCAGUCUCUUGUUUUUAUAGUGGAAAAGAAAAUUUGAAUGUUCUGAGCUUUCACAUGCUUUGCUGACUUGUAAGCUUAGCAGAAGCUUCCGUUCUGACCUUGUGUGCAGUGUGUAAGAGAAGGUGGGAGUGUGGUACAAUCUGAUAAAUCUUCACAAUUGAUCUGCAGAUUAUCUUAGGAACUGGAGUGAAUUUCAUUAUUUCUCAGACUAUUAGAAAUGCUCCACCUUUGAUCUUUUUUACAAGUUUUAGAAUUUUUUUCAGACUUUGCAGUGACUUUUCUUUUAUGUAUCUCUUGCCAGAAGUACUUAUAUGUACAUCAAAAAUUUCCUUUUUUUAUCGGGGACCAUUUAUCAGAGGGACUUGAUGGAUAAGCUUUUACUUUAUAUUAUCUUGGUGCUUAUGCAGAUAUGCAGUAUACAUGUAAUUCAGAUUAUGAUUUUUGUUGAAAUGGAUAAAAGAGGGAUAUUUUCAAUGGUGUUACGGUACUGUCAGGCUCUUCAGAAGCUAAUAUCAUUGUUCAGUCUGAUUUUAUUAGUGAAUUUUGAUGAGACUUUGGAGAAACUGUUCUUGGUCUUACUCAGGUGUAUGACUACUCAGAUUCAACUGUAGGAUCAGUGCCUUUUUUGACUUUUAAUGGCACUUCUAUAUAAUCCCUCCUUACUCCAAUUUCCACGUGUAAUUCAUGUGAUUUAUUUUGGAGAAAAUACAAGGUAGUUGUCUGUAAAUGACUUUCAUGCCUCUCUUCCAGGAAACUGGAAAAUUAUGUCAUAUGUAUUACAGUACGGUAUACAAUUUUAUAAGGUAUAUGUGAUAUUUCCACUACAUGUAGGAGAUGACUCUCUAAAACAGUAAGUUUUCUCAUUCCCAGGUCAUUAUAUUAAUUUAUUUUUCCUGUGCCUCAUAUUCUUACUAUAUAAUGGGGAAGUGUUCUCAUAUUAAAUGCAGAUGGAAACAGUUGUUGGAAAGUCUGUGGUUUUCAACCCUAUUUGCUAUAUAUACACUGGGAUGAGGAUCAGACCAUAUAUGAAAAAUCAAAUUUUAUAUUUUAGAACAAUUCCAUGACAGAUCUUUUGAGAACAGGGAUAUUAGACUACUGGCAGAAGAGUGUCUGGCAUGUGAGCAGCAAUAAAAAGUACAGAAACCUACCAUGAAAUGUAGGGUGUGUAGACGAAAUUCUACAUCAGAGAAACAUUUAUGUCGAAUUAAACAAAGCAACCUAAGUUAAUGCAGUUAAGUCUUGCAUAGGAUGACAGAGUUGGUUUAGAGAAGGCUAUUACUGGUCUGGGUUAAAUUAUUUGACAAGGAAUUUAGGUUGGAUCAAAAUAUGUUGCUCCUACAUUGAGGGGGGGGAAAAAAAGAAAAAAAAUACUCAUUAAAUUUGGGACCCCUUUCACCCAAUUGUCCAUUAGAAAAGGUAAAGCAGUCCACGUUCCUUGUCUUACCUAGCCAAGGUACAGGUCAAGGAAGAGUACAGAGACAGAUCCCACCUAUUCCUUUGAGGAAAUGGGUAUGUACUGAAAACAGUCCAAUUACAGUAGUAUAGUAACAUGAGCCAGUGGGGCUGACUUGUCACACCCUCUGAAGGAAGAGGCCUAAGGUAAGAUUUUGAUUUGCAUUUGAAGAGCAUGAAAACAGUCACUGGUUUAGCUGAUGAGCAAGGCAUUGCUAGUAACAGUUCUUAUAACUGAUGAUUGAGAGGAGAAUAAUCAAGAUCAUUGAGCCUGUCAGGGAUACUGUGUAAAAAUAGAAAUGUAUCCAGAGGUUAGAGGGAUCCCUGAAGUAAUCCAACCAUACCAUCUGAUACAAAAGCAACAACUUUGCUUACAACAGCGUCCCAAAGGAGCUGCAGGGUAACUGUCUCUGCCUUGUUUACACAGCAGCAGGGUGGCAGAAAUUAGGUUAGAAUGAGGUUUCUGAUACAGCUGAUACUUAAAAUAACAAAUAGUAAUAAUUUGCAAGUUUCUCUGUGGGCUUGAAGGAGAUACAUAUACAUACAUACAUAUAUAUACAUAUAUAUAUAUAUAUAUAUAUAUAUAUAUAUUAGACCAGGUUACCAUUUUUUAAUCUAAGUUGAGGCUCAUAUUCUCUUGCUGCUGCAGCAUUCUGAAGUGGCAUGCUGAGCCUGCUUAUUGUAGAAAGGGUCUCUUGUUUUAGAAGAGACUGCUCUUUGUUUUGCAUGUCCCCAGCCAUUUCUUUUCAUCUCUGACUCCAUGAAAAACCACAGUAACUGCACACUCAGGUGACAGUGUGGUCUGUAGAGGCCACACCCAAGUAUAUUUUUCCUUUUCUGAGUACUCUACCAGGCUGGAUGUGGCUACUGGUGUCCAGAUAGGAAAACACUGAUAUGAUGCUUCUAUAAAACAAGAAGAAACGAUAGAAGACUUUUCUUUAUCUCGGGCCCUUCUUAGAAGCAGUUACCCAAUAAGAUGGAUGAGGUAUCUUGAGUAUCUCUAAAUACUCAAGAUGUUUUUCUUGGAUGGAGUUCUUGCAGAAAGAGUAAUGAAAAAUAAUUACAUCUUGUAAAUUGGAAACAUAAAUGUAGUGAUGGGAUAAUUUUCACUUCAGAAGCAGGAACAAAUCAAUAAAACAGUCUAUUAACAGUUCCCGUUAAGUUCUGGUUUUGCUUAGUGUUAUGUUCUGUUAGCUAAGUUAUCUAGUUUAAGCUAUAUUGCCAAAACAUGCUAAAUAAAAAGAGGAAAAAGAAAUUCCAUCUAUAUUUUUAAAAACCUUUUUUUUUCUGGAUAAAUAUUACCUCCUGAGGUUAAUCUACAGUAACUUCGACUUUAGUGAAAUGAACUGAAACAGUAGUUUCAUACCAACUGUAUUUUAAUUCUUGAUUUAUAAUAACCCAUGUACUAGUCUAAUAAAAGUAUUUUGUUUAUAAAA